AUGGCGCUAUCGUCGGAAGCAGGACCUGUCAUGGCCGCAUUCAGUCAAGGUGAUGAAAGCAAUCAGUUUUCUUGCACAACUUGGGUAGAGGAUGAGGUGAGAGGUUCGAUCCCUACCUGGAUAGAAGAUGAGGUGAUAGGUUCGAUCCUUACCUGGAUAGAAGAUGAGGUGAUAGGUUCAAUCCUUACCAGGGUAGAAGAUGAGGUGAGAGGUUCAAUCCUUACCUGGGUAGAAGAUGAGGUGAGUGGUUCAAUCCUUACCUGGGUAGAAGAUGAGGUGAGAGGUUCAAUCCUUACCUGGGUAGAAGAUGAGGUGAGUGGUUCAAUCCUUACCUGGGUAGAAGAUGAGGUUAGAGGUUCAAUCCUUACCUGGGUAGAAGAUGAGGUGAGAGGUUCAAUCCUUACCUGGGUAGAGGAUGAGGUGAGUGGUUCAAUCCCUACCUGGAUAGAAGAUGAGGUGAUAGGUUCGAUCCUUACCUGGAUAGAAGAUGAGGUGAUAGGUUCAAUCCUUACCUGGGUAGAAGAUGAGGUGAGAGGUUCAAUCCUUACCUGGGUAGAAGAUGAGGUGAGUGUUUCAAUCCUUACCUGGGUAGAAGAUGAGGUGAGUGGUUCAAUCCUUACCUGGGUAGAAGAUGAGGUGAGAGGUUCAAUCCUUACCUGGGUAGAAGAUGAGGUGAGAGGUUCAAUCCUUACCUGGGUAGAGGAUGAGGUGAGUGGUUCAAUCCCUACCUGGGUAGAAGAUGAGGUGAGGGGUUCAAUCCUUACCUGGGUAGAGGAUGAGGUGAGUGGUUCAAUCCUUACCUGGGUAGAAGAUGAGGCGAGUGAUUCAAUCCCUACCUGGGUAGAAGAUGAGGCGAGUGGUUCAAUCCUUACCUGGGUAGAGGAUGAGGUGAGGGGUUCAAUCCUUACCUGGGUAGAGGAUGAGGUGAGUGGUUCAAUCCUUACCUGGGUAGAAGAUGAGGCGAGUGAUUCAAUCCCUACCUGGGUAGAAGAUGAGGCGAGUGGUUCGAUCCCUACCUGGGUAGAAGAUGAGGUGAGAGGUUCGAUCCUUAUCUGGGUAGAAGAUGAGGUGAGAGGUUCAAUCCUUACCUGGGUAGAGGAUGAGGUGAGUGGUUCAAUCCCUACCUGGGUAGAAGAUGAGGCGAGUGGAUCAAUCCCUACCUGGGUAGAAGGUGAGGUGAGUGGUUCAAUCCCUACCUGGGUAGAAGAUGAGGUGAGUGGUUCAAUCCCUACCUGGGUAGAAGAUGAGGUGAGAGGUUCGAUCCUUAUCUGGGUAGAAGAUGAGGCGAGUGGUUCAAUCCCUACCUGGGUAGAGGAUGAGGUGAGUGGUUCCAUCCUUACCUGGGUAGAAGAUGAGGUGAGAGGUUCGAUCCUUAUCUGGGUAGAAGAUGAGGUGAGAGGUUCAAUCCUUACCUGGGUAGAAGAUGAGGUAAGUGGUUCAAUCCUUACCUGGGUAGAAGAUGAGGUGAGAGGUUCAAUCCUUACCUGGGUAGAAGAUGAGGUGAGAGGUUCAAUCCUUAUCUGGGUAGAGGAUGAGGUGAUAGGUUCAAUCCCUACCAUGGGUAGAGGAUGA